AGGUUCCCAGCGGGAGGUUGGACACUAGAGGGCGAUCCCCAGCCCUGGUGGGAGUGUAUAUAUACAGCAGGCAUAAAACCAAGUCAACCCAGUAGUAAUUGAAGGUUAAGAGCGAGGGAGAAAUUCGGACACGCUGGUGGGAGUGGAUCGCCAAGAGCAGGGUAAGCAGUGGCACAAGUUGAUUGAAGUGAGAGGGGAAGUCAGGGCGGCUCGCGGCUGACACUCAAGAUCCGCAGGCAGAGGCGCAAGGGGUGUUGGGUCCCUGGGCUCGGAGAGCUUCACUCGGCCGCCGGGGUCCCCUUCGCCACCCCAAACCCUGGAUUCCAGGAGCCCUUCACCAUGCCUGGCAGAGUUUAGAUACUCCAUGGAGCAAGCCAACUUCUACGAGGUCGAUUCCCGGCCGCCGAUGAGCAGCAGCAGCAGCCACCUCCCGACUCCGCAGCCCGGCAGCGCCUACAGCUACAGAGAGGCUCCCUCGGCGGCUACACCUGCUGCGGGAGGCGCGGAGCUGAGCGACAUCUGCGAGAACGAGAACUCCAUCGACAUCAGCGCCUACAUCGACCCGGCCGCCUUCAACGACGAGUUCCUGGCCGACCUCUUCCAGCACAGCAAGCAGCAGGAGAAAGCCAAGGCCAUCCUGGCCGGAGAUUUCGACUUCCACAGCAUGCACGGGGCCAGCCCCGCCGCCUUGGGGCAGGGGCACCAGCCGCCGCAGCAGCACCACCCCCAGCAGCUCUUCGGCUGCAUGGGCGGCUACACGGACAGCAAGCUGGACCCCCUGUACGAGCGCAUCGCUGCCCCCGGCUUGCGGCCCCUGGUGAUUAAACAGGAGCCGCGGGAGGAAGCGGAGGGCAAGCAGGCGGCUCUGGCUGCCCUCUACCCGCACCUCCCCCAGCAGCAGCACCCGUCCCAUCUCCAGUACCAGAUCGCCCACUGCGCGCAGACCACCAUGCACCUCCAACCGGGGCACCCCACGCCGCCGCCCACCCCGGUGCCCAGCCCGCACCACCCGCACCACCCGAGCAGCCUGCCCGCCGCCACCGGCGCCCUCAAGAUGAUGCCCGCGGAUCAUCGGGGCAAGACGAAAAAGUCGGUGGACAAGAGCAGCAGCGAGUACCGGGUGCGCCGGGAGCGCAACAACAUCGCGGUGCGCAAGAGCCGGGACAAGGCCAAGCAGCGCAACGCGGAGACUCAGCAGAAGGUGAUGGAGCUCACCAAUGACAAUGACCGGCUGCGCAAGCGGGUGGAGCAGCUCACCAGGGAGCUGGAGACACUCAGGGGCAUCUUCAGACAGCUGCCGGAGAGCUCCUUGGUCAAGGCCAUGGGCAACUGCGCGUGAGACCCCCGCUCCCCACCGCCCGCCCCUCUCCAAACAAACUCGGACUUUUGCAAACUCUUGGUGCCAUAUUCAGAUCCCUGCCGGGGUCGAGAGCUGCGGUUCAGCUUGUCUCAUGGGGUGGGUUUGGUUUUUAAUUAUUGACAGAUAAAAGAAUCCAGGCAGCUGUAGUAUUAAACGGUCCGUGCCUUAGGAACGACACGAAUAAGCUGAAAAGAGUGUGCUUUGAAAAGAGAAAGAAAACGCCCACGUGUCUACAGGGUAAAGACAACCCACGCUGUGCCUUAACAGUUGGUUUCAAAAGCUCGGUGGGCUUUCUGUUCACAUCAGCCUGACAGCUGAGCAAACGGGUAGGGGUCCUGCGCUCUUGGUGGGGUUGGGGCAUAAUUGGUACUGGCUGGGGAAACGUGUGUGUCUUCCUCCGUAGGGGGGUCUGAUUGGUGGGGGUCACAGGAAGCUCUGGCAGGAAGAAAAGUGGGUAAGACAUUACAAGCAACUUGGGGAGAAUGUAUAUGCCUGUUGUUUAGCUCGUUGAUCAGUAGGCGAGUGAAAGCUGAGUGCAAUCCAGACUCUGUCCCUGUCCGUGCUGCUGCCUUUCGGAUGAAUCUCUCCCAUUCCUUUGUAUGUGGGGGGAGGUUUGGUGGACUCUGGGGGCAAUGCAAACAGAUCGUUCCCCCCCCCCCCUUACCCAUUGUUAGAGGGGACCUGUUGGACAGGAAUCCAGGACUGAAAGGGAACAGGCUACAGCACCUAGCGAAGGAGUCCUUAAUAUUCUCCUUUAACCAAAACGAAGAGCAGCGAUGCCUGUACUGUAUGUCGUGACAUGGCGAAGCACAAAACAAUAAAUACCUAUCGAUGCGGGUAUUUACUACGAACGUUCCGUGUAUCUGGCUUUGUUCGAGGAUAUUAAGCCUCUCUCCAAG